AUGCAAAUCGAAGAAGAACAAGUACCUGUUGCUGGGCACAAACACAAAAUUGAUUUUCUACCUGAUGGACAUUCGCUAGAAUUCAUUCCUGUCAAUGACGAACCCCCUUCAGAUGUUAACGGUGCUAAGCGCCGUAAACUUUCUGGCACCUGCGAAAUGGAAGCCAGUCUUAAUCCACAAUUGUAUGAUAUCGACGGGGAGGAAGAAAAUAUGAGUUCAUUCGACGAGGCCGGGCCUACCGGAAUUCUGGAAUUUCGUGUUUGUAACUUUAGUGAUCUGCUUAAAAAUGUAAUGCUGUCACCUCUUUGUCUCUACAACAAGGAUGAGGAUAUAAAGCUUGUGAGUCCACAUGCAGUUAUAAUUCGUUGUCUGCCUUGGCGAGUUCUCGUCAUUUUUCGCGUCUGUGAUGAAGAAAGUCGCACGGUUGGCUUUUUUCUUCAAUGCAAUGCUGAAUCUGAAUCUAUCAAUUGGUCUUGCCAUGCUCGAGCGGAUCUCACCAUUGUCUCACAGAAACCUGGUUUUGAAUCAGUUACUAAAACCAUCGAUCACACCUUCUCCCACAAGGAGAAUGACUGGGGUUUCUCAAAUUUCAUCAGUUGGACUGAAUUUACUGAUCCCGAGCGUGGUCUGCUUUGUAUGGAAGCUGAAACUAGGUCACCUCAAUCAAAUAAAAUGGAAACCUCUGAAGAUAGAAUAUCACGAGUUCGAUCAUCUUCGCUCUCAGAAUCUCCUUCCGAUGGUCAAGAGAGCGUAAAAACCCGAGUGCGGUUCUCAUCACAUCCUUCAUCCCCUAAGAAAGUAGGCCAGCCAAUUCAAACUCCUGAUGUAACCCCACAACCCGAUAGUGUGUUGUUUAGAAUCAAGAUCUAUGCUGAUGCUCCUCAUGGUUCAAAUUGGGAUUCUAAGCGAUUUACGGGAUUUGUGGGUCUGCGUAAUCAGGGUGCUACUUGCUACAUGAACUCCCUCCUUCAGGCCCUCUUUUUUACUAAUGAGCUUCGUCGUGCUGUCUACCACAUGCCUACUGAGAGUGAAGAACCAGCUACUAGUAUUCCUCUGGCACUUCAACGUCUCUUCUUCGAGCUACAAUUCAAUGAACGUCCUGUCAACACCAAACGACUCACACGCAGCUUUGGUUGGCAAUCUGUAGAGUCCCUUUUUCAGCACGACGUUCAAGAGCUGUGUCGACUCCUUCUGGAUAACAUGGAGACCAAAAUGAAGGGUACUUCAGUUGAGGGCACCAUCCCGAAUCUUUUUCGGGGAAAAAUGCUUUCUUAUAUCCGAUGCAAACAUGUGCCUUAUGAGUCUGAGAUGGAGGAAACCUUUUAUGAUAUUCAACUCAAGGUCAAGGGCAAUCAAGAUGUAUACCAAGCAUUUAAAGAAUACACAACUGUCGAGACACUGGAAGGCGAUAACAAGUAUGCUGCAGGUGAGCACGGGCUGCAGGAAGCCGAGAAAGGCGUAAUUUUUACCCACCUUCCACCUGUUCUCUACCUCCAGUUGAUGCGUUUUCAGUAUGAUUACUUUGCUAACGCUAAUAUCAAGCUGAAUGAUCGGUUUGAGUUUCCCUAUAAGCUGAAACUGGAUGGGUUUAUGAAGGAGCCUGAUCCCACAAAUCCGGCCACUUAUGUCCUUCAUGCUGUGCUGGUACAUUCAGGUGACAAUCACAGUGGCCAUUAUGUUGUUUACAUAAAUCCAUGUGGAAAUGACCAAUGGUACAAAUUUGAUGAUGAUGUUGUGUCACGUUGUACUCAAGAGGAAGCUAUUGAUCAUAACUUUGGUACUAUAAUUGAUAGACAGGGGAAUGUGUUUAGGAGUUAUUCCAACGCCUAUAUGCUUGUGUACAUUCGUGAGUCGUGUCUUGGGACAGUUCUGAGACCCAUAACACUGGAUGACAUUCCAGCGUGCUUAGUUUCUCGACUGCGAGAGGAGAAGCGCAUAGAAGCUGAUCAUCGCAAAGCCAAGGCUGAAUUGAGCAAUUCCACUACCCUUGUUCUUGUUCUCGAUGAGGACUUUUAUGGUUGGCAGGGAUCUGACUUGUGCAAUUUUGAGACAAUUCCCUCUCGACGCUUCCAUAUUCCAAAGAAUGCUUCAUAUCCAGAGGUUCUCGGUCAUGUUGCUUCGAUUUUGCGAAUUGAUUCCUCUUAUAUCCGUUUGUGGCGCUUGUUACCAAGGCUCACUGGAUCUGUCCGAUUUUCUCCACUGUUACCGAUCAGACCAUAUGUGCCAAAUCCUCCCAUAACUGCUCCUUCCUCAGAUCACCCAAUACGUGCUCUAUCUGCUUUAACUGAUGCAUAUCAGCCUCACAAGUCUCCCACAAUGACGGCGGUAGCGGACUCAUUUCCUGGUUCUGGAGACCGAAAUAAUAAUCAAGCGGUCAUUCCUUUCGCCAAUGAUAGUGCAGCACCAUUAUGGGUUCAAAUUUUACCCAAACCUUUGUGCACGCAAUUCUCCCCCUAUACAGAGGUCCUUUGCUUCCUCAAAUACUUCUUCUCUCCUUUCACAGGUCUAACCACUACCUCUCCGCUUCUAGAAAGUAUCUAUUUGGGCACUAUGGUCUAUGUUGGAUGGAUUGUUAUUCCCCUCUCUGUGCCCCUAAAUACCAUCUUUUCUGAACUCUGUUCUCGUGCUGCUCUUCCCUCUAACACCCCUCUCAAACUUUUUGUGGAGACCUUCGAUAAGGAAGUGCGCCCCGUUUCCGGAGAGACUGGGGAUUCGCUUGUUGAUGAGGCUUUGGGAAUUCGCGACGGUUUUGAGACAGUUAUCCUUGUUUAUCAACAGAGCUAUGAGGAGAUCGAGGAAAAAAAGAUUGUUGAAGAAGUGAACAAUAAAAUGACGAAUAGUCCCGCAAGUCCUGAAAUGGCUAAAUCUCCAGUAAAAUCGCCCACACGAUCUCAAUCGACUGCUGCUCAAAAGCUCGUUUCAAGGAGUAAACAACUUCACAAACGGACCUCCUCCCCCACAUUGCCUAUGCCCUCUGCUGAAGAGAGAUUGGCUUUACCUUCACUUGACUAUAACAUCGUGAGCUUCUAUCACGGGAUUCGUAAUGGUACACUAGUUGAAUUCUAUACGAUCUACUUUCCUUGGCAUCUUCUCAGUGGUCUAACAUCCUCAGAACCUGCAGCUGCAAUCUCCUUUCCCAUGAAAACAGGUGAUAGAAUUCUUCUACCUGGCGUAUCUCAUGUAAACAAUGUUCGAACUGUCAAGGCGGGUUUUCUGCUUGAACAUGUUCUGUCUUCUAUUAACAGUCCGGACUUAAUUUGUCGUUUACCUCUUGAUCGGCCGUUUCGGGAUGUAGUAAAGAUAGCAGCAAGCCACCUUUCUGUUUCUCCCAGCAACGUUCAAAUUUUUGUUGUUUCAGGCAGUCUAUCUUCUGUUAAUGGUGAACGAGAAUUCUCUGCUAUUAGCACUCAGUGCAAGUGGACAGUUAGGGACUUUUUAAACAGUCAGCAUGCACUCCCUCCAAAUCACCGACAGCAAAGGUUGCCUAACGUGCAUUUCUUCUGCCAGAGUCUACCUAUUCCCACACAAAAAUUGGAACAAUUGUGCCAGCUACGGUGUGUCUUUGUAGAUACAAGAAGGAUGCGUGAGGUCACUCGUCUCCUUCUUAUUAUACCUAAAACCUGGACCGUGAGCCAAAUAAUCGAGUUGGCUAGAAAGGAACUUAUCAGUAUUGAUAUUCUACCUGAGGGGGAUACAUCUUGCCUCAGAAUGUUUGAAACACUAAAUUCCUGGAUUAUUCAGCAAUUUGCUCCAGAGGAAACAGCUGGAAGACUUCAGCUCCUCGAGAACCGCAUGCUGCGAAUCGAAGCCAUGACAGCGGAGGAGCAGGAGUAUUUUGCUUAUAUUGAUUCAAUUGUUGAUCCCGGUGAGCUACGUUCUCAUAACCAUGAGGUAGAGGAGUUUAAUGAAAGUCCUGAUGGAAGCAGUAGUUCUGAUAUUGGUCCGAAACUACCAUCUGGCAGUUUCCCCCAAGGCCUUAUCACCGCUCCAGGAGUUUUCAGUAAUUCUGAUCUCUACCAACCUUCACUACUACUCUCAUCCUCAUCAAUUUUGGGACAUAAUCUCCCCAGUGGCAUCAAUACCGCUACCACUACAACUACAACCAAUUCCUCAUCCGCUAUCGGUUCAAGCACUUCUUCCUCUCUUUCAGUAGAGACGCCGUCCAUUGGAAAUCAUGAGGGGGAGGAGGAUGACUACGACGAUGUCAAUAUUGUUUGUAGUGAUGAUAAUGACGAUGGUGAUGACAUUGAGAUAGAAGAUGAUAUUGAAAUCCCCCGGAGUGGCAAUUUUACGGGGAAUGUAGAUGCCACUAGUUCCGAAGGUGAUAGUAGUAGCUGUUGUACUCCGGCGGAGCCCAAUAAUCUCAGUCUUAUUUGCAAUGCUGAUGAGGAAGUGGAUGAUGAUGGGGACAAUGCUCUCCAAGUAAGUUCAAGGUCGAGGUCAAGUCAUUCCUCAUCAGGUGGAGACGCUGUUUCUAUGGACUCCUGUGGAGCUAAUAAGGAAAAUCCUUCUCCAUCGUCCAUGGACGCUUCAUAUGACAACUCUAGAGCCUCAGAGGAUAGCAUGAGUGACGUUGAUGAUCAAAAAGACAUUGCCGAUGUAGAAGAAGCUUCAAUUGGCAAUGUUGACAACACCUCUAAGCUUCCUGUGGUGUGCUCUCUCUUCUACAAGGAUAGUGUCAAUGGAGCUAUCACCAUUGGGCUCAUGCCAUUUACUAUCGUUCUCAGGCAGGGCGAACGCGUAUCUUCUCUUUUAAAACGUAUCCGCAACCAUCUAAACAUUCGCUCUGAUAUGGCAGAAAAGUGGCGGUUGACUAUACUCAAAGGACCUAUUUUCCCUUCCUCCGCGGGCACAUCUCCUCUCACUCCAACUCAGGACAGUCUCGCAACCAUGCGCGUCUCCAGUAAACACAUCCCAAUGACUACCGGUGAAAACGGAGGAAAGGUAGAGGCGCGCAUUGAUUUGACCAACUUUAUGCCCGCUCCAGAUUUGGCUAUCCAUGGACUUCGUAAAUCGCGUCUACUUUUUGGUCUACGUCCGUGGCUGGGUAUUGAAAUGCCCCUACUGGCCCGUAAGGGGUCGGCUGUGUUUAGUAAUUUCCAAAAUAAUCAUGCUUCGGUAGAUGUAACAACGGCAGCGAAAAGAAGAAAUGUAGGUGGAGUGGCAAGGUACCUCCCUUCAGAAAAACCUAUUCGUAUUUUUAAUUGA